GCGGCCACCGGAGCUGGCGAAGUCUGCCCCGGAUGCCGUCAGCGAGUGCCGGAUUUGAGGCGUCACAUGAAGCGCUGCUGCCCGGAGCAGCUGCCAGAACGAUCACUGGAGGAUUUCGAGGCCCGCCGCGCAACGCGCAAGGCCGCCAGCGAGGAGGACUGGAUCAGUGAGGAGGAGGUCCGGGAUGCUGCGUUGAAAUCCUUCGCGGCGGUUCAGGACCCACUCCUUCGACGAUCUCUGGAGCUCCGGUUUGGGGCAGACAGAGGUGGGGUGCGCCGAACGCCGGCAGAGGUUGCCGAAGAACUUGGUGGCAAAUACCGUGGUAAGCCGGAGGCCGCGUUGAACCUGGUCCGCACAGCCUUGCGGAGCAUUCCAUUGGUAGCAGACGACCCAAAGGAUUUGGUCGUGAUCUACGAGGAUGAGUCCCUGCUGGCGGUUUCGAAGCCGCCGUGCCUCCGGUGCACGCCUGUCCACAGGUUUGUGGGAAAGUCGCUCACGAGUCAGAUAUUGGGCUACUUGCAGUCCAUGGGGGAAGGCCAGCAGACCUCGGCACCAAUGAUGCUGCAUCGCUUGGAUCAAACCACAAGCGGGAUCGUCCUGUGUGCCAAGACGAAGGCGGCUGCCAAAGCUUGUGCUGAGCAGUGGCACGAGGACGAUUGCAAGAAGGAGUAUUUGGCCAUCGCGCUCGCUGAUGAUGAAUGCUCCCUGCGUCGUGUCGGUAGGAGUGCCUUGAAUGCCCAAGCAAGGGAAGCUUUCGAGCAUCGCACGGGGCGACCACUCUGUGGCACAGCAACGUUGGCACUGGCCAUCACGGCCCUGGCACGAAGUCAGCAGCGGCGGUUGCGGGCCACACUGCGGGCCGUGGACAUCGAGUCCUUGGAGGUGGUGGAUGUUCUUUGUGAGGAGGAAGGAGAUGUGCAGAUUAGAAUGAGAUGGCCCAAAGAUGGCGACUCUCGCAUGUUCAACCGUCCUCGUGACCAGCUGCUGGAGAAGACCCUCAUGCGAAUGUCCCUGACAUUGCAGAAGGGGUCCAACACAAAGGCCAAGCGGCGUGGAUGGAGGCAGCGGAAGCAACACAAAGAGGUGGAGGAGAAGAAGGUUGAACCGCCGAAGGCGCCGAUGACCACCAGUCUGCUGACCAAUGAUGGUCAGCCGCUGGACGGGUCGUUGCAGCUGGAACAGGCGUUUGCCCUGGAGACACAGGCAGCAAUCCUGCUUGUAGGUGAGGAGAGCUAUCGCGUGCGCGUCAAUCGACCCAUGGCACGUCAUGUGACCUGCCGUGGAAGGCCCAGAGCAGGGCUCCGCCUUGCGGCCGUGGCAGAGGGCUGUUUUUGCGAUUCGCAGAAGCUUCGCUGGGAGUGGCGCGCCGGUGGUGAGCUGGUGGGCCGUGAGCAUUGCUAUACACCAACUGAGGCGGAUGUCGGCCAGGCUUUGGAGGUCAUCGCACGGCCACCCUUGGCAGCCGAUGCGAAGACGAGUCUCCUCCUGGGUGUGGAUGACUUGGAGGCAAGUGCCCAGCUGGAGCUGCCAGAGGUGCAGCCUCAGGCGGCUUUGCCGGGGCAGUGCGAUGCGCGCAGCCAGGCGAUGGAUGCCCAACUGCAGACAUGGCUGGAGAGCCAGGACAAAGCGCCGAAAACUCUCCGUGUCGUGAGCUAUAAUGCGCUCGCAGACUGCUACAGGCAUUGCUGGGACCAGAUGUUCCCUUACUGCCAACCAGAGAUGCUGCGGCCGGAGCAGAGCGACAGCAGCGACGGCAAUAAUCGUCGCAAUGACCUUCGGGUUCCGCAAGCAAACAUAGGCCCAGAUGUCCCGACAAAGCGGGAGAUCGAAGAUCAGCUGCUAACCGACAAGCCACUGUCCGUCAGCACCUUCCGCGCAGACCUGCUGGGUAUGCAGGAAGUGGAUGCAACUUGGUACAAGGGGCCGAAGUGCUUGGGGGCUGAGAGUUGUGUGUUUCGAAAUGCUAAGCAAGAUGGUGUGCUACACAGUGAGUGCUCAGACCUCUUCAGAGGCUUCGACGACGAGCAAGAUGGCGAAUGGUGGCCACCUCCUCUGACUGAGCAGGACGUGGCCUUGCGACAGCGCGCCAAGCGGUUGUUGGAGGCAAUCCGACGGAUUCCUCUGGUAUACUAUGACAUCAAAGCCUGGGAGAACGAGCACGAGAAGGUCUUCUCCCUCUUCAGGAAAGGUUGCCUAGAUGCCGACAAGUCUGACAUGCUGGAAGCGCCGAUCUACAACAAUCAUCAGAUUGAGGAUGCCUGGCUUUUUCUGCUGGAGAUGAGGAGGCGGCACUUCAAUCGCAGAAAGCACGUGCAAGAGUGUGCACGCAUCCUGGGCGCUUCCUACAACUGGUCUAUAGUGCUUUUGGGCUCCAAGAAGGUGUUAGAAGCUCUCAAGGAUCUGCCACAGGAAGUAUGCACAGAGAUCCUGGAAGAUGCCAAUGCCUUGGACCUGCUGAACACCCUCUACCCCUCUAG